GCAUUUUUUUAAUUAAUCUCAAAUUAUCUUCCCUGCAUCUUCUCUCUUCCCGUUCAUGCUCUUGUAUUCGGAUCUACGAGAAGGCCAUUUCUUUCCGUCCUCUUUCUCUCAUUUGUAAUCAACAUCGACACUCAUGAUUCGAUAUAGGGUUAGGGUUCCGCUCCUCCUCUUCUUCUUCUUCUUCUUCCUCCUCCACCAAUCCUGCUCCUCCUUCUCCGACUCCCCUGUCGCCGUCGCCGACCCCUCUCGGUCGAAGCCGCUCUCAUGGAAACCGAGAGCAUUCCUCUACGAAGGUUUCCUUACGGACGAAGAAUGCGACCAUUUGAUAUCCCUUGCUAAAUCAGAGCUGAAGAGAUCUGCGGUGGCUGAUAAUUUGUCAGGGAAAAGCAUGCUUAGCGAGGUCCGGACGAGCUCCGGAAUGUUCAUCAGCAAGGGAAAGGACCCAAUUGUUGCUGGUAUAGAAGACAAGAUUGCUGCAUGGACAUUUCUACCAAAAGAAAAUGGUGAGGAUAUACAAGUUUUGAGAUAUGAGCAUGGGCAAAAGUAUGAUCCCCACUAUGAUUACUUCUCAGACGAGGUUAAUACUGUCCGUGGUGGUCAUCGUAUUGCCACUGUUCUUAUGUAUCUAACAGAUGUGGCAAAAGGUGGUGAAACUGUGUUUCCUUCGGCUGAGGAGUCCCCACGUCAUAGAGGACAUGCUAAUGAUGAUACCUUAUCGGACUGCGCUAAGCAAGGAAUUGCAGUCAAACCACGCAGAGGAGAUGCACUACUAUUCUUCAGCCUCCACACGGAUGCGACAACAGACCCUAAGAGCCUCCAUGCAGGAUGCCCUGUGAUCGAGGGGGAGAAGUGGUCAGCAACCAAGUGGAUCCGCGUGGCAUCCUUUGACAAGCUAUAUCACAGCCAAGAAGGAAACUGCACGGACAAGAACGAGAACUGUGCGAGGUGGGCAGCCCUUGGAGAGUGUACCAAGAAUCCGGAGUACAUGGUCGGAACUGCAGACCUUCCUGGCUUCUGUAGGAGGAGCUGCAAUGUGUGUUAGCUGCUGAUUCUGCCCGUUUUCAUGCACCUCCUUGCUGCGCUUUUGUUCUUUAUUUAGAAAAAACAGCAACACAACUCCAGUACUGUAUUUAUCAAACCAUGCUUCUGGAAUUAUGUAAAUUCUUACAUUUUUAUGUGUGUCAUAACGUUGGAUCGUGAUCGCAAAGGGCUUAAAUAGUGGAGCAAACGGGGAUCCUUCUCUGUAACUCUGCUGCGAUUUUGUUCUGGUCGGUCUUUUCUUAUAAUGUCUUUCAUAGAGGACAAAAACUUGUUUAGUUGGUUGAUUUUGUAAUCUAUUUGUUUCCUAAUUUCAUGUGUAGAAUAUUAUAUUGUUAUUGGAUUGUUCUUCUUCUC